AUGGCCAUCGCCCAAUGCGUUGACUCCGCGCUGGAGGACUUGGAAGCAAAUUUGAUGGAAGUGAAGCAGCGACUGGAAACAGUAAACAAUCGAGUUGAAGCGUCCGAACGCGAGGUCUCUCGGCUAAAUCGACUAAUCGACAAGACAAAGUUGGAUCUUGACAAGCAGCAAUGUGCAAACGAACUGCUGAAAAAGGAAUUUGAUGGAAUCUUCUCUGAUUUGGCCUCCAUAUGA